GUUAAAUGAUUAAUGGAUCCGAAAAUACAGAACCAUAAAUUUCAAGCUUGAUUCCAGGGUAUAUAGCUUGAUUCUACCCCGUAAAAUGCUUGGGUAAUGUGCCGAGCAACGUUAUAUUUCCGAAAGGGAUUGAUAUUUCAUCUUGCAUUUUACUCAUAUAAAUUUUAAGAAAAUUAUUGAUUUAACCUAUUUUUGAUAAUUUGAUUAGGUGGAGCCAGCUUUCAAUUCAUCUGUAAAAUUAUUUACAUUGCUAUGUACCUACAUUUGUUGUUUGUUUUAUAUGUUAUUGAUAAAAGCAAAAAUAUAAAAUUGCAGAGUUACGAGAAACAAUUGAUAAUAACUGGAUCACUGGAUGUCAAUUCAUUGUUCCAAGUUUAUUUCUAAAAUGUCAUGGUUUCCUUUUUGGUGGAAAAUGCCUACCUAUAAUAUUGAUGGAAAUACUAGACAUUGAUCUGAGAGAAUAUUAUUUCAAUGUUUGCUGAUUUUGAACACUGAAUCCCAAGGCCCCUCAAGUGCUUUAUCAGUGAACAAACUCAAUGAGUGUAGAAGAGGCAGAGUCAGAGGUCGCAGACAGCUGGGAGGAAGCUGCUGAUUCUGGGAGACGAGCGGCUGGCGGAGCACCUCGCAACAACUGAGCCCUCUGACACGGAAGAAGGACGCCAGGCGCCUGUCGCCGAGGCUUGCAGGAGAACGAACGAUAAGACUCUCUUGGAUAGGCGAGGCUUGCUGGGUGACCAGUGCACUGCUGAUCCGCAUGAAAGUGAGGGAAUAUGAGUUGCCCUAACGCUUGGACGAAUCUCUGAAAUUUUUGGGAAAUCGCUGCUCGUAAAGACACCUUAAGACUUUGCAGACCAUACUGUCGACUGUUUGGUAGAAGUGGCCCGGUCCCGAUAAUGUCGAAGCGCAAGGGUGUCAGUGCCGAGGAGAAGCGGACCCGGAUGCUGGACCUGCUGUACGAGCGGCAGGACUUCUUCCAGCUGAAGGAGCUGGAGCGGCUCGGCCCCAAGGAGAAGGGUGUCGUCUCUCAGUCGGUGAAGGAAGUGAUCCAAAGCCUGGUCGACGACGGACUGGUGGAUACCGAUAAAAUCGGUACCUCUGUCUACUUCUGGGCGUUUCCCAGCAAAGGCGCCGCCGCCCGCAAACGGAAGCUGGCGAACCUGGAGACACAGCUGGCGCAGACGCGGCAGAAGCGGCGCGCGCUGGAGACUCAGCUGGCGGAGGCCGGCGUGGGCCGUGAGGAGGGCGCCGAGCGCAGUGAGCUGCUGCAGCAGCUGGCGGACAGUCAGCGGCGCCGCGCCGAGCUGGACGCUGAGAUCAGCAGGUACAAGGACUGCGACCCGGAGGCCCUGGCGGCGCUGAGGCGCGAAUCGACCACGGCCACAGAGGCGGCCAACCGCUGGACGGAUAACGUGUGCCAGAUCAAAACCUGGUGCAAACGCAAGUUCGCCAUGGAGGAGGCCGUGAUCGACAAACAGUUUGGCAUCCCGGAGAACUUCGAUUACCUGGAGUGAUGUUGGAGAGAAGCGUGAUUCGGUCAUGUGCCUGGUAAAAUGUGCCUGUCUGUUCGAAAGUGUGAACGUAGCUGUCAGCUGUUUUCAUUUCACUUCUUAGGGAAGAGAAUAUGUUUAGUUGUUUUCGUAAGUGAGACACUGUUAUUAGCAAUUCCAGACAGCUAAUGUGCAUCUUUUGCUUUUUGCAAAUACAUUCAGAGUUUUCA